AUGGCAUUUAUGCUGCAAAGGAAAAAAUAUUACAAGUUUCAGGUAGAAAUCUGUGUAGAAGAACUGACUGCGGUACCUUUCAUCAACGCAGUACUGUUUGCUAAAGUGAGACUACUAAAUGGGGGAGGCUUCACCGAAACUUCUAGCAGGGAGGAAGUACGCGAACAUACUGUGCAGUGGGCUGCAAAAUUUCAGUUUGACUGUAAAAUGACAGCUAACGCGUCUACUGGCGUACUUAACCCGUGUAUCCUUCGAAUAUCUGUUCGCAGAGAAGUGAAGGGUGGUCGCUCAUUUCAAAAGCUUGGUUUUUGUACUGUAAAUCUUGCAGAAUUUGCAGGCUGUGGUGAAAUUGCAAGGCGGUAUCUACUGGAAGGAUAUGGUACACACCAGAGACAAGAUAAUUCAGUGCUUGGUGUUUCCAUAAAAAUGAAUUUGCUUUCAGGUGAUAUUCUGUUCAAGGUACCAUCUGCAUCAGCAAAACCCAGUCCUGUUACAAAACAAGACAACAAUGAAGCUGACAGCUGUGAAAGAGGAGCUACUCUUUCAAGUGGCCCCACAGCUAAGUCAGUAACAGGUGUAACACCAGCUAGUGGCAGCUUAUCCAGAAAAAGACUGGGAUUAACUUCAUGUGAAAUUGCUCCAAAUGUUGAGCCUGUAGUUAAAGAAGGAGACAGGCAGAUAGAGAUUGUAUCGAGCACUGAAAAUGGUGAAUACUCUACAGCUCGUCUUGAAAGUGGUCCAACAUCAAGCAGUGUGAACAAUAAUACUGACUUGCAUACUGUCAAUGGCUACAGCCAUCAUCGAUGGCACAGCAGCCCCAAGAUAUAUAGACAUGCAAGAAAUUCCAGCACUGGUUUUUGUUUCAAUGAAACUUCAGGACUUGACGAGACAUCAUCUUUAGAUAGGCGGAAGAAGGCAGAGCAUGGAAUUAUUCGUGAUAGUAAUUCAGGUAGUGGAAUUGAUGCUGAUAGUUUGAUUGAUGAACUUAUUAGGUCAACCAUACAUGAUCAGCCAAAUGAAAAUGAUGAAAAUUUGGGGUUGCAACUUUUUAUAGCUAAAGAUGGUUCAACUACCCUGGGAACUCCUAAAACCAGAAGUCAGGUACUUUCAGGAAGUUUGAAAGAAGUUGUAGUGAAGUCUAAUCAAAAUUAG